GCAUAAAGGAAGAACGAUAAGGAAUUGCUCAACAAAAAUGGCGUUUUCCACUUUGCGAGAUUUUGCACUUGCUCUAAUAAGUAGUAAUUAAAUUUGUAGUAAAGAAGUUAUUUAAAUUUUGGUCGCGGGGAUUUAAAAAAAUCUAUUAUUGCCUUCAAAACUUAAAAGUUAUAAUAAUAGUUAAACUAAAAAGCACAAAUAUAUGGAAUCGAAUGGGUAGAACUCACAAAUGCACACACACAUACGCGAUGGAAUCACAGUGAAAAGUUAUGGUAUCAAUUGUAAAAAGUAAUCAAAUAACUCUUUAAUAUUUUAAUGCAUUGGAUAUGCUUGAGUGAAGAUUUGGUUCGAAAUGCCAGAUAAUGAAGUGCUUACACAUAAUUUUACUUGUAAUAUUUGGGCACAUGAAAAAUAAGACAAAUUGUUUAUAUACAUUAGUAUAUAAAUUCUCAUUAAUACAUAUACAUAUAAUCGUAGUUUCGGUUCAUAUCUACAUAAAUUACAUUACAUAGAACGUAUGAAUAUUGUGUCCUAUAAUAUAAUUUGAAGUUCGCAUUGCUUUCGAAAAGAGAAGAGUUUUACCAACACAGAAUAUGAAUAAAUUAGAUUAUCCUCGCCGUAAUGGAGCACUCAAAGUGCGAAUAACGAUAUUAUGUGCACGUAACUUGGCUCGCAAGGAUUUAUUUAGACUUCCAGACCCAUGCGCUAAAGUACUGGUCGAUGGUACAGCACAGACAUAUACUACGGAUGUUAGCAAGUCAACUUUAGAUCCUAAAUGGAAUGCACACUACGACCUUUUUAUUGGGAGUAACGAUGCUGUUACUAUUACAGUCUGGAAUCACCGGAAAAUACAUAAAGCUAGCGGAUUCCUUGGUUGUGUACGCAUACCUGCAGAUUCAAUACAGAAGUUAAAAGGAAUGGGAUUUACACGUUUAAAUUUGGGUAAACUCUCUCCUGAGGAUGAUGAUAUGGUGCGUGGACAAAUUAUAAUUGCCUUAUUGUCAAAAGAUGGUCCAUGUGGUGGUAACCCUUUGGCGGUGGUGGGUCCCAGUGGAGAUGUUCGUGGCCCAUCGGAAGAUGAUUCGUCUGAAGAUAAUUUACCAGAAGGUUGGGAAGAGCGCCGAGCUGGUAAUGGCCGUGUAUAUUAUGUAAAUCAUACCACGAAAUCAACGCAGUGGGAUCGGCCCAGUGCUCGUUACCGUCAGCGCACAAGGGUCCAAAAUAUUGAAGGAACCAAUGUAAGGCAUCCCGCCGGACCAACACGUUCGAACACUUGUACAAAUCUUCUUAGCGGAGAAAAUAGCUGUAGUUCUGAAAGAAAUGCAGCCGAAGCAGCUGACGAAAGGCGUCAUUCGACGGAAGUGCUCCCAUGUUCGAACAUGGGUUGCAGUAGUAUUAUGAAUAAUAUCAAUGCAAAUGUCAAUGUCCAAAUAGGCAAGGAGAAUUGUAGUCCAAAGUGUGUGGAUAAUAAUAUAAGAAAACAUAAUCAGCAGAUACGUGGCAAUAAUGAAAAUCAAAAUUCGAUUGGUGCUACUACACAAGCAGCUGCGCAGAUGCGCGUAAGUGAUUUUAAAGCUUCAACAACUGUUUCCACGACUGAUACACCAGCGGUUGUAACAACUGCGACAACAGCUACCACCGCUUCUGUUACGGUUACUUCGGGUACCAUUUCAAAUGGAGAAGUAAGCAACAAUAGUCACGGAAGGAAGCUAGCAACAAUUUCAAAUGGUCAGCAAGCGGGACCUUAUUUUAAUGAGCAGAUUGCAUCAGAAUCAAGCGACGGAUCACUGUUAUUAUGUACGCCACAACGUCCGAAUAAUCAAAAUCAGACAAACGGUAAUGCUGGUAGUACAAAUGGAUCGAAUGCAACUCAGUCGCAUAUUAAUGGAUGGAAUGCCGAAAAAAAUGAUCAUAUAUCUUCGUCUACAACUGCUAGUAUAUUACUGAGUCCGAUCUCAGGAAAUGGCAAUACCGUAACUGCCAGCGGUGUUAGUGGCUCAAUUAUGAGUCAAAGUCCCAAUGCAAAUUCGAACUCACAAAUUUCAAAGCCGUCAUGUUCCACAACGGCAAAUGGCAAUAAUCGGGAAAGAGAACAUGAUCGUGAUAGAGAGCGUGAAAGAGACACACGUAAUGUUAGUGUACCAUGUCCUUCAAAUACUGGUGGUUCAGGAACAACUGCUUGUAAUCAACGUUCACAGCGACGUUCUUCGAGAGGAACUGAAGAGCCACCACGUCGCCGUUCAUCGCGAAGCACGCGCGCUUCCAGCAACAGUGGUGGUGGUGGCCAACGAUAUGCUAUUUGUAAUACUAGCGGUACAAAUCCAACAGCACGUCCAUUUAUGGACCUUCCAACAGGCUAUGAGAUGCGAACAACACAACAAGGUCAAGUAUACUUUUUCCACACUCCUACUGGUGUAUCUACGUGGCAUGAUCCACGUAUACCUCGCGAUUUUGAAACGCAACAUCUAACACUUGAUGCAAUCGGGCCACUGCCCAGUGGUUGGGAGCAACGGAAAACCGCUUCUGGCAGAGUUUACUUUGUCGAUCACAAUAAUCGGACAACUCAGUUUACUGAUCCCCGAUUUAAUUGCAAUAUUCUUCAAAUGAUACGGCGUGGCGCUUUAUCUAAUACAGGUAAUUGUUCCACUGGAGCAGCGAAUUCUCUGGUUUCUACGGGUAAUGGUAGUAUCGUGCAGCAACUUUCUCCAGCACCCUCUCAUCCGCUGUCAAGUGGGAAUAGCGGUUCAGCAAGUAGUAAUAGUGGUACGUCCCAUCGUAUUGUUAAUAAUACAAGUACACCACCCGCAGAUCUGCCGCAAGGUCUUUUAGAAGGUUCUGAGCUGCUACCCAAAUAUCGGCGGGAUUUAGUUAGUAAAAUGCGCGCUCUGCGCACUGACUUGCAGACACUGCAACCACAGUCUGGUCACUGUCGUCUAGAAGUGUCACGUAACGAAAUAUUUGAAGAGAGUUACAGACUGAUAAUGAAAAUGCGACCUAAGGACAUGCGUAAACGUUUAAUGGUAAAAUUCAAAGGAGAAGAAGGCCUUGAUUACGGCGGUGUUGCACGCGAAUGGCUUCAUUUAUUGUCGCGUGAAAUGCUCAAUCCUCAAUAUGGAUUGUUUCAAUAUUCACGUGAUGAUCACUAUACGUUGCAAAUUAAUCCGGACUCUGGUGUUAAUCCAGACCACUUGUCGUAUUUUCACUUUGUCGGCCGCAUUCUCGGAAUAGCGGUAUUUCAUGGACACUGUUUAGAUGGUGGCUUUACAACACCCUUUUAUAAACAACUUCUUAAUAAACCGAUAACUUUAAAUGAUAUAGAAGGAGUUGAUCCAGAGUUGCAUCGUAGUCUUACUUGGAUGCUUGAGAAUAAUAUAACGGGAAUUAUAGACUCUACAUUUAGUGUUGAGAACAAUAGUUUUGGUGCAUUGGUAGUUCAUGAAUUAAAGCCAUCAGGUGCUUCGAUAUCAGUAACUGAGGAUAAUAAGCGCGAAUAUGUUAAACUUUACGUAAAUUACCGAUUCAUGCGAGGUAUUGAGCAACAAUUUCUGGCGUUACAAAAAGGUUUUUGUGAACUUAUUCCAGCUCAGCUUUUGAGACCUUUUGACGAGCGUGAGUUAGAAUUAGUAAUUGGUGGAAUUUCUAGCAUUGAUGUUAAUGACUGGCGCAUCAAUACAAGACUGAAACACUGUACUCCAGAAACGCAACAAGUGAUAUGGUUCUGGCAGGUGGUGGAAUCCUAUUCUUCUGAAAUGCGCGCACGUCUUUUGCAAUUUGUAACUGGUUCAUCAAGGGUGCCCUUACAAGGUUUUCGAGCAUUGCAAGGUUCAACUGGAGCGGUUGGACCACGGUUAUUCACAAUACACCUAACUACAGAUGUGCCCACUCAAAACUUGCCAAAGGCACAUACAUGUUUCAAUCGUAUUGAUUUACCGCCUUAUGAAAAUUACCAAUUACUGUACGAUAAGUUGACGCAGGCUGUGGAAGAAACUUGUGGAUUUGCUGUAGAAUAAUAAUUUACACUGAAAGAUAAUAGUUAUCUGGUGGUAGAAUGAAAACAAUUAAAUGCUUACCUAAUAACCAGUGGAUCUACGAAAUACAUGUAUUUUUUCCUACUUAUUUGGAUUGGUUGAAAUCAAAAAACAUCACUGCUAUUCUUUUAUUUUAAUUUGUUAAUUAUUAAUUUUUUGAUUAAUUGUUGCCGAAUUUUGCUGUUCCAAAAAGAACCGCAAUUAAUUAUACAUACGGAUGUAUAAUACGCAAUAAAAAUAAAGAAACACAUAUAUCCAUACAACGUUUUGUUCACAUACGAAUACAUAUAGUAACGUAGCCGAGAAUAUCAAAACAUAUGUAUACAAUUAUAAGAUAAUAAUGAGAAAGAUCUUUUGUUAUGAAUGGUUUUAACAUUUUAAGAAAUCAUGCUUGUGAUUAAUCAGUUAAAUAAAAAUCGGAAGAUAAUUUGAAAAUUA